AUGGCAAGCAACGGUUUUCAGCCUCAGUUCAUAUCAGCCGGCUUCAUCAUUGAGCUAGUCGAACCGCGUGCCCAUUAUCCUGGUCUUUUCGGUUCCCACAGUGUUGUGUCGUCCGGAGAUAGCGCUAAUCCGCCACUCAAAGGUCCCCUCUUCCUGUGCUUCAAGUGGAAGACAGUUGGAUUCUUUCUUCGGCGAUGCCGUACGUACUCAACUAGCGUACUUGUGCUUUUCCGGGCGAGAUCUAGUAUCGCGGUCUGUUUUUGUGUAUUUUAUUGUCGGACUUCUGAUUUACAGAAGUUCCCUGUCUUACCAAAUACCAGCCCAUACUACGUGUUUCAUGUAGUUACCCUCUUGAAGAAUAUUUGCAUCCCGGGGUCUCAGCGAUGCUGGGAACUUAUUCCACAAGAUAUUUCUCCCCGAGUUGGAUCUGAUGCCAAAGAUCGCUAUAGAAAGAAAUAUGGUUCCCAACGAAGUUAUUACAGUCGCGCGUCGAGUCUAUCUAAGGGCAAGUUAAAAUAUCUGUUUCCCACUGCGGCGGCUUUGGGUGGCAUUUACAUCGCAAGUCGAAUGAGGCCGCGCAUUCACUUACGGUCUUAUCAUGAUCUCUACCAGUACACAGUAUGCGAAGGUCGACACGUCGAAGUGAGCAGUCUGUCUGGUGAUGUACGUACUUAUUCCCACUUCUUGUGUCCGGAUGACCCGAACCAACCGUUUGAACGCUACUGUUGUUGGGAUAAACUGCGAGGAUCCGGUGUGUGCUGUUCAUACGACGAGAAAGUACGAUACUACACAUACAGCAAAUGGGGAUUACUCGGCGGAGCGAUCUGUGUCAUCUGCGUAGUUGUCCUGGUCGGCUUGUUGGUUUACUGUCUCUGCUGCCGACGCCGCCGCUCUCCUGGUACUCCUCCACCUGUUCCGGUUCAUACCCCGCAGUCACCGGGAGCUUACACAGGUCCACCGGCCAAACCGACAUAUCCGGGCGCAGUGACGCCAUAUCCAACCGGGCAAGGAGGUCCAACGUUCCCGUCUCCACAGCAUGCUCCAACUCCAGUUCUACCCUCAGCUCCCCAGCCUGGAUCGGGCUGGGGUGCUCCCGUCGCCAACGCACCCGGGUCAGGUUGGACGGACGUACCGCCACCACCAUAUUCUGCAGUGCAGCAGUACACUACUCAGCUGCCUGCACCACCUCCGCCGCAGUUUUUCACUGCGCUCAACUUCCAAAUUCGGUUGUCUACCAGGACUUUCAAAAGAUCGGCCAUAAUUUGAUGCCAAGCAGAGACAACCACCCAGCGCAAUCUUUCUCUGUACACACCAGUCCUUUAAACCGUUUCUUGUUUGGCCUAUCCUACACAGCUCUCAUGAUUUUAUUUUUUUCUCCAUCUGUAAUACCUCUACUUGCUAUAACCUACAUGUGAAUUCUGAUUGGUUUAAUUCCAGUGACUUUACUCCUAUAAGAUGUUGUGAAUUGCAUACUAUCGCUUAUGUAAACAAAUGGUCGCAUCAUGCUUUUAC